CAGAAUUGGCAGUAUUUCACUGUCGGAGCUACAAACGCAGCCCGUUUUGCAGAGAGGGACUUUUUACUGUCUGAUAUACUAUGCCACAGAAUGUGGAUCUUUGUUCUUUGAGGGGUGGAUUAUAGCUAUGAACACUUGGGAAUGUGGGGAUAAUGUCCCUUGUUGGACAUUUUCCCAGUUUUCUUCAGUUUAAUUUAUUUAUGGAUUUGCGUUGGAUGUAAUCUGACGUCAAUAUUUAUAACACUUUGCCAGGAAGGUUCACACAGGAGAGAGUAGAUUGACUUCAUCUGAGUCAGCAAACCCUAAGUCAGCAACACAGAAACAAGUCAAUUAACCCGACUUUACCAAUCCAAGUCAACUAAUUUCGGUCAACUCAACCGGGCCAGCAAUAUUGGGACCCGUCAACUAGCGAGGAGUCAAUUAACCAGAGUCAACUAACCUGGGGCAACGGUGGGCCAGCAAUCUGCUACUCUGAAUCAGCCAGCUCCGCCGGGUCAGCAGGGGUACAGUCUACAGUCUGGAUCAUCGCAUGGCUGGUCUAUAAUCUGAAUCAGUACUGGGACAGUCUCUACUCCAAAUCAGCGCUGGGGCAAUCUCUAACCUGGAUCAGCUCUGGGUCAGUCUAUAAUUCAAAACAGCUCUGGGACAAUGUAUAGUCUGGGUCUGCACUGGGACGGUCUAUAAUCCGGGUCUGCAGUGGGACGGUCUAUAACCCGGGUCUGCACUGGGACGGUCUAUAACCCAGGUCUGCAGUGGGACGGUCUAUAACCCGGGUCUGCACUGGGACAGUCUAUAACCCGGGUCUGCAGUGGGACAGUGCCCAGCCUGGCUCGGGGUUGCAGCCUCUGAUUUACGGGAAUGUCAGCGCUGGACGCUGCCGGCUUUGUGCUGGCCCUGCUGGGCUGGAUCCUGAUCGGAGUGUGCCUGGGGGUAGACCAGUGGAGGGUCUCCUCGCUGGACGGCAGUGUCAUCACCACCUCCACCAUCUACGAGAACCUGUGGAAAAGCUGCGCCAGCGACUCGACCGGAGUUUACAACUGUAGGGACUUCCUCAGCCUGUUCGGCCUCUCAGAUUAUAUCCGUGCUUCCCAGGCCUUGAUGAUCAUAUCUAUCUUGAUGGGAUUUUUUGCUGGAAUCACCAGUUUGUUUGGACUGAAGUGCACACUAUUGGGUAACACGGAACCCACCGUGAAGGCAAAAGUUGCAACUGCUGGAGGGGUCCUGUUUAUAAUCGCUGCCCUGUGCGCAAUGGUCCCUGUUUCCUGGUAUGCCUACAAUGUCACUAUACAGUUUUAUGACCCAAUCUACCCUGGCACCAAGUAUGAGCUCGGACCGGGUCUCUACAUCGGCUGGGCCGGAGCAUCUCUGGAGCUGAUCGGUGGGAUCUGCCUGUGCUUCUCAUGUCAAACAGCUAAGGAGGUCAGAGGUAGCUACACGUACACGUACAGGACAGGUAGAUCCACACCAGGAGAAGCAGCCAAGAAAUGGAUCUCGGAGCCGGAUAACGCCAGCAACUACGGGAAGAACGCUUAUGUUUGAGGGCGUUCUUACCUUCAGCACCUUGACUCAUCUGGUAAAUGGGCACGGUCUACUGCGUUUCAGGCCAGUCCCUUUACUCUGUGGGGGAUCACUGUGUCCUUUUCUCCCCUCGUACAUGUGCAUCCACUUCCACACCCCGCAAGUCAGGACUCGGUUAAUUCUCUAUCUCUCGCUUCUAUUUGCUGAAAAUCUGAUCAUUGUCGAUGAUGAAACCGGACCUUCUGUGCAACUGGUCGAUAUGGCAUGAACCACGAUCCGGUGCCUCUCUCUCUCCCGAAAGCUUCGCUGCGACUUGGGGCGGGAUCUGGGGAGCACGAGGAGGAAUCUUUACUGAACCUGAAAGAGACCGUUUAAUCGAUCGUGUCUGUGCCACUGCUCAGAGCAAAUCUACACAGUGUCCUAUCUUCUCCCCCGCGCGUUGUUCCUUUGCGAUCUGAAUGUUUCCAUUUGGACUGCCGUCUCAGGCAGCAUGUGGGAACAGGAGUAGGCCAUUCCGCCCCUUGGGGCUGUCCCACCGACCAUGGCCGAUCAAGCAUUUUUACCCACCGCAUCCCCAAAAUCCUCUUCGUAGAAGUCUAUCAAUCCCUACUUUAAAUAUAAUCAAAGGCUACGCUUCUGCUGCCCUCUGUGAUAUUGCAAAGAUUCACAACUCUCCGAGUAAAAGAUUUCUCUCAACUCAGUCCUAAAUAGCACUCCUGUUCAUUUUUAAAUGGUUCUAGACUCUCCAAUCAGGGAGAACACCUCAUCUGCGUCCACCUUUUCUAUCUCUUGAAGUGUUUUGUAGCUUUCAAUGAGAUGGCUUGUCAUUUUGCAAAAGCCAGCUUGUCCAAUCUCUCUUCACAGGACAGUCCUGUGAAGGAGGCUCGUCAAUCUUCGCUGCACUCCAUCUACCUUUCUUAACAUAAGGAGAUCAAAACUAUACACGAUACUUCAGGUGCAAUCUAACUAAUCUCAGACUUCAUGCUCCUAGAAUCUAACACACUUACAUUGUGUGGACAUUACAAUCGAAAACCACAAUGGAACAGUAAAAUGGUAUGUCUGUCCAGUUGGGGCUGGUAAAACUGAAAACUAUUGAAAGUCCUUAUGCUUGCAAAGAUGCUAAUGGUCCACAUUAUGAAUUUGACUGGAGGCACCUCAACCUAAUUGCAACGUUGCUAAUAGUCCCAUCAGUUUCCUAAGGUGAACAAGGGAUCCUUGGCCAAGAGGGUACAAACUUAUUAACAAGUUGAAACCGACUCCUUAAUGAGUCUAUCAUGUGACAAAACUAUACAACUGAAGCAAGGUUUCACCUGUACUCUUGCACUCAAAUCCUCUUGCAAUAAAGGCUAACAUUCCAUCGGCCUUCCCAAUAGAUUUCUAAACUUGCAUAUUAGCCUUCAGUGAUUUAUCAACAAGGAUACCCAUGUCUCUUUGUAUAUCUCCAUUUUCCAUCCUCUCACAUAAUUCCACAUUCUCAUCCCCCUCCCAAUCGUCUUUCAUUCGCCAUGCCCAACAUAAAUCUACCUCUGCCUUAAAAAUACCCAAUGACCCUUAACAUCCACUGAUGUAUGAGGCACUUCCAAAAUCUUGAAGAGAAAGAAGUUCCCUGCAUCUCUGUCCUAACAAGCAACCCCACGCUUAAGUUUUAAAUAAUGGCUCCUAGUGCUGGACUCACCCCGGAGAGGAAACAUCCUUAUUGCCUUGUCAUCUUCCCACUUUGGGCAGCACAGUAGCUAAAUGAUUAGCACUGUUGCCUCACCCAUUAGGGACCCAGGUUCAAUUCUACCCUUGGGUGCCUGUCUGUGUGAAGUUUGAA